AUGAUAAGCAAUUUUUUCGUCUUGUCACCGCGGGGCGACACGAUUCUCGCCAAACAGUAUCGGGUCGACAACCUCAAACAGAGCGCACACGAACGAUCGCACGUGGAAGCACUCUUUCGAAAAAUCAAAUUCUGGGACGACUUCGCGACGAGCGAAGCCGAAGAAGCGCAAGCGGAGAAAGCUCGGCAGGAUAACGGCAAAAUGGGCGACGCCCCGCCGGUAUUUCUCAUGCCCGAUGGAUUGACAUACUUUCACGUCAAGCGUAAUGGUCUGAUCUUUGGAGCGUCGACCGCGAGGAACGUUAGUCCAAAUACGGUAGUCGAGUUACUAUCAACGAUUGCUCGAAUAUUCAAGGACUACUGUGGACUCUUGUCGGAAGAAGCCUUGCGCAAGAAUUUUAUUUUAUGCUACGAGCUCCUCGACGAAAUGAUUGACUUUGGCUACCCCCAGGUCACGCGGACGGAAAAUCUCAAAAGUUUUGUUUAUAACGAACCCAUUGUGGUGGACCACGUCGCGAACACGGGCACCAUGAUCAACCCCAAGACAGCUUCCGCCAAUGCCGUACACAAACCCGUUAUUUCGUCGGUCCACGAAAACGGACGCAAGUCGGGCCUCAACAACAACCAAAAGAACGAAAUCUUUGUCGAUAUUCUCGAGCGUCUUAAUGUACUCUUCUCCAACAACGGCUACGUGCUCAACAGCACAAUCGACGGCUGCAUUCAGAUGAAAUCGUAUCUGGCAGGGAAUCCAGAACUACGGGUUGCGCUGAACGAAGACUUGUCCAUUGGAAAAGAUUCCCGGUACAAUGGUGUUGCGGUUGACGACAUGAAUUUCAACGACUGUGUUAAUCUUUCCGAGUUUGAUUCCUCGCGAACAAUAUCAUUCAUCCCGCCCGAUGGCGAAUUUAUCGUGCUCAAUUACCGCAUUACCGGAGAAUUCAAUACUCCAUUUCGUAUUUUUCCGUCGAUUGAAGAAACCGAACCCAACAAAAUUGAGAUUGUUGUUCUCAUUCGCGCCGAAAUGCCGAACAAUCAUUUUGGAGCAAACGUGUCGGUCGAAAUUCCCGUCCCCCACUGUACUACGUCCGCCUCAUGUAGUCUUGUUUCGGCACCGGGCACCGGACAUGCGCACGCCGAGCUAGUGGCCACUGAAGGCAAGAUUGUGUGGACCAUGAAGAAGUUUCCUGGCGGCGGAGAACAAACGAUGCGGGCCAAAGUGUCGCUCAGCAAGCCCUGUACCACGGCGAUCCGGAGAGAAAUCGGACCUAUCAAUAUGUGCUUUGAGAUUCCCAUGUACAACGUUUCUAAUUUGCAAGUGCGCUAUUUGCGAGUAGCAGAAAACAUGGUCGGCUACACACCGUACCGUUGGGUUCGCUACGUAACGCAGUCCAGUUCCUACGUUUGCCGAGUGUAAUACGCUCGCAAAGCGUCAGGUGGGGUUAGUCUGGGAUCGAGAAAGAGCAGUAACUAGUAUCGAAACACGACUAAGCUAGAUUCCGAAUUACACUCUUG